UGGACAAACAGCAGCAGCGAAGAUGCGUGGAAUCCGAGGAGCACAGUGAUUGUGAUUUUUCUUUCAUUAUUACAUUGUUACUUUAUUAUUUUUGUAAUACUUUAUUUUCGCAUAGUAUAGUGAUGUUUUUGGUGAAGUGACGGACGAUUUUUUCAUGCAAUUAAUGCAGAAAAAUAAUACUUACAUACAUAAUAAUAACUGUAACUGGACGAAUUUAAAGUUCGUAAAUGAGGUAAGUUGUUAUGAAGUAAUAAGGUGCGUUGAACAUUUUCAGUGAUUUGUAAAGUAAUGCAUAUGAGUUGAGUUGCUUGUGCGUACUCUCGGUUAGAAGGAUAUCGAGAACGUGCAAUUUGUUAAGUAAAUAUGAGCAUGUAAACAGACGGGGUCAGGGUCGAAUAGGCAUACUUAAUAAUCCAGUUUUGCAUUAAAUCAAGAACAGACAAAAAAUGAAUAAAACACACGAAUACGAAAUGACAUUGUAACAAGUACGGGUGCUUGAAGAUUUUUAUUGUUUGCUAGUAAAACGGAAAUGGAGAAGGGGAAUACAGACCGCGUUUUGUGUUUUGAUGACCCUGGAAUACAUAAGGCGUAUGUUCAUACGCUUUGUGUUGUUCUUUUCUUGUUUACUUAAUAAAUCUUAUUUAUGAACGUGUAUAUGCGUAUAAAAAUAACAGCAUAGGCUUAUACAUACGCGAUUUCUUUUCAUAAUGAAUCAUUUUCAAACCGCAUAUAAUAUAAUAAUGGUAACGGCUACAUAAGCUAAUUGGCGCUGAAGCAGCUGAAUCAAAUGACAGAAAUUUGCUUUUUCUUUUGCGACUUGAGUGUUUUUUUUUUUUUUUUUUUGGAAAUUUCCCCUUUGUAUUCUUACUUCAUAAAGUGAGAACAUGCGCUGUCGACGUAAUGGGGUCAGUAGCAUUUUCUUUGAACGCAGAAGCAGAUGAGUUUCUAUACCGAAGGGGGUGAUAAAUCCGGCGCCAACCGCUUUAAACCGCAAUUUUAAUAAGUGAUGUCUUGUUGGUGUUGUCGAUAAAUAUAAUGGCAAGAGAAGACGUAUCUGUGACUAAAAAGCAGAAUUCUAACGCAGAUUGCAAUAAAUUGAAAGUUAACGGAGCUACCGAAUCAUGUGAUAAAGCAGUUAGUUUAUUGGAUACCAAACCAAAUGUAGACAAUAGUGAAUAUGACUUGGUUCCACCGGAUGGAGGUUGGGGUUGGCUGGUAUUACUUGGAUCCAUGAUGGUCAAUAUACUUAUACCGGGUACCAUUAAGAGUUUUGGUGUAUUAUUUGUUGAGUUUUUGGAAGCAUUCGAAGCGUCCCCGGCGACAGGAGCAUGGAUACCCGCUCUUUGUUAUUUCCUAUAUAGUUCGUUAGGUCCCGUCUCCAGUAUAUUAUCUGUUAAGUAUUCAUAUCGAACAGUAACGAUAAUGGGUGGUGCUUCAGCGGCAUUUGGUAUGAUCGCGUCUUUUUGGGCCUCAUCUGUAGCAUAUUUGUACUUAAGUUAUGGAGUUCUCGUGGGGAUUGGUGCCGGUCUAUCUUUUCCGCCAACUGUGUAUAUAGUGACGUCAUACUUUGUUAGACUACGUGGACUAGCCAAUGGACUUUGCAUAUCGGGCAGCGCGCUUGGAUCCAUUAUAUUACCACCAGUAUUGCGUUGGCUACUCGAAAAUUAUGGAUAUAGAGGUGCAGUUCUUAUAAUGGGUGGUAUAACGUUAAAUGUAUUUGUUGCCGCCAUAUUUUAUGAGCCCGUGGAACAACAUAUGAUUCGAGUACCUAAAAACAAGAAUGCCCUUGAAGAUAUCGAAGAGGAAGAUAUUGGCAUCGUAUUGAAGUUUGAAACCGUAGACGAAGCUGGCUCUAUAAAUAACGACGUGCAAUCUCAUGAUGGUUGUAGCGAUGUGGGUACAAAACCAUUUCCGCCAUACAGUCCACCAGCACUUUUGGAGGACAAUCAAUUCGUGCGCAGCGCAUCAGCUGCGGUAGUACAAAAUUGCAGUAAGCACCAAGAUGAAUAUGCACCAACCUCACGCACACGAAAAAUUAGCACACCCGUCCGCUUGCCACAACGCAAUCAAACAUUUACGCCCGGCCAAUUGAAUUCACAAUCAUCGUUAUAUGCUGUGCCAGAGGGCGGUCGUUCCAGCCAUAAACUCGAUCGUCUCCAUGCUUUACGCAACAAUUCUAAAAAUCGUCUUUCGCGACGUUCGCCUUCCACGAGUAGUUUUCAGUAUGUAAGUACACCAUACCACGGCAGCACAUUGUCCUUUCAGCCGAAAGAGUUUUCAUCACACCUAUCGUUGCGUUCGAUGGGUAGUAGCACUGGCGCAGCAGCUAGUGAAAGUUUAAUGGGUGACGUUGUUGGCGAUAAGGGCGAACCCAAAACGUCUACACGCUCAAAAUUCUUCGAUCUCAGCCUAUUAAAGGAUCCUACUUAUUUGGUUAUACUAAUAUCGAAUUCAACAAAUGCCAUUGGUUACACCAAUUUUAUUAUAUUGCUGCCAGCUUACGGUGUAGCAUUAGGCUUUAAUAAAUCGCUAUCAGCAUACCUGAUUUCAAUUGUUUCGGCUACGGAUCUUAUUGGACGUAUUGGUGGAUCGGCCCUUUCGGAUCUCGGCCUAAUACCAAAGACAUGGUACUUCAUUGGAGGCCUUGCAAUUUCCGGUUUAUCGCUAGCGCUUUUACCAUUCGCCACCACUUAUGGUAUGCUAAGUUUUUGGUGUGCCGUUUUUGGUCUCGCAUCUGGUAUAUAUGUCGGCAUCACUGCUGUUAUAAUGGCUGAUAUGUUGGGUGAAGAGCGUUUAACAUCAUCCUAUGGCAUUAGCUUAUUUGUAAAUGGAAUAUUGCAAUUGAUUGGACCACCACUAUGUGGCGUUUGGUAUGAAGCAGUUAUGGACUAUAGUCCACUGUUUCAUACAUUGGGACUAACGUUAUUGUGUGGCGCCAGCCUUUGGAGUUUCAUGCCAUUUAUUAAUAGACAAAAAGCCAAAGAAGAAAAAUUGAGACAAGCACAAUGCGACAACGAGGCGCAUUAAUUGUAUUUUUCAUAUACAGAACUGCGUUUUUUU